AUGACAGUUGAUAUAGAUUCAAGCUCAUCAUUAACUACAACUACAACUACAACUACGGACACUAUACUAGCAGGAGAAAAAAUUGCAUCAAGAAGAAAAGAUAACCUGCUUAAAAAAGAAUACUCGUUUGGUCAUCCACUCUUGAACAAAAAGAAUAACCCCACGUCUCAGCGCCAACAACAAUAUCAACAACUAUACAAAUCACACACUCGUUUUACAAAAAUGUCUCUAUUGCACCAUCCUCAACCAGCCGCAACACGCAAUAGUGGCUCACCAUUGCGGGAACAAAAUGGGGUUAACACCCACAAUAAGCAUUAUGUGCCAGAUAUCGCCAAGAUUCCCAUGGUGACGCCUCGUCCAUCCAGCACCAACCUCCCGUUGUCUUCAAGACCUGUGGGUACACCACAACCACCACCAGUAAUAACUCAGGAUAUGCGAGAUCACACCAAUCUACCUGAUGAACUCCCAGUGGUUAACUGUGUAGCCAGGGCACGUAUCCCCACAACUCACGGGCCAGACAUUUUUUUGCAUUUGUAUGAAAACAACGUUGAUAAUAAGGAGCAUCUAGCUAUAGUGUUUGGCGAAGAUAUCAGGUCUAGGUCCUUGUUCAAACAAAGACCUGCAGAGACACAACAAGACAGAAUGACGAGAGGGGCAUAUAUUGGCAAAUUGACGCCUGGUAGAACAAGCGCUGAUCAUGAUGCCGAGAAUGGGCAUCAAUUGAAGUUUGACCAGCAAGGCAAUUUGAUUAUUGACGAACUCACCUAUUCCAAUCCCACUUUGGUUCGUAUUCAUUCAGAAUGCUACACGGGUGAAACUGCAUGGAGUGCAAGGUGUGACUGUGGUGAGCAAUUUGACCAAGCAGGAAAGAUUAUGGGAGAAAACGGACACGGGUGUAUGGUCUACUUGAGACAAGAGGGGAGAGGAAUUGGUCUUGGAGAAAAACUAAAGGCUUACAAUUUGCAGGAUCUCGGAGCUGACACCGUUGAAGCUAACUUGAUCUUGAGACAUCCAGCAGACGCUCGUAAUUUCUCACUAGCAACAGCAAUCUUACUUGAUUUGGGGUUAGUGGAGAUCAGAUUGUUAACGAACAAUCCCGACAAAAUCAUUGCCGUUGAAGGUAAACAUCAGGAAGUGAAAGUCAAGGAAAGAAUUCCAAUGAUCCCUUUGAGUUGGAGGGAGCAAGGAAAAGACGGUGCAAAUGGUAUCAAAAGUAAGGAAAUUGAGGGGUACUUGAGUACUAAAAUUGAAAGAAUGGGACAUCUCUUGGAGAAACCAAUCAAAAUUAAUCAUGAAUCGAUUUAG